AUGGCUCAGAGAAACAUUAUUUGUUCAGUGCAUUACAAUGGUGUUAUCAGUAACGAUCUAACCAACGGUUUUUCGUUUAGUAAUACCGAAACAAAACGUUUCAAAGUGCAUUGUAGAGCCGAUUUUAUGCAUUUGAAGGAACGGAUCGAAACAAAAUUGCAACUUCCUGUAAGUGAAAUUAUUUAUCGACUUCCGUUGUUUAAUGGAGACAGCGGUAUCAUUUUUUACGUCAUGAAACCAAUAGAGGACGAUGAUGGCGUUAAAGUGAUGUUCGAAUGUCACAAUUCGUUUGCACCUCUUGACGAUAUGGAGCUAUAUGUUCAUAUUGUUAGUCCUCCCAUUAACCAAUCGCAAGAGUCGCAUUCGCAUCAAUACGGUUUGAGCCAACCCACUGACGAAGAGCCAACCCAAAACAACGAACCAUUUAUACCCGACGAACAGGUGGACGAGUACAGUGAGGAUGAAAUACAAGAAGUGCAAUAUGAAGAUCUUUUUGGUGAUGACAAUGACCCUGAUAUUGUUGAGCCGUCGCAGCCUACACUUGCACGACCGAUUAGCAUGUACGCCCCACCGGAUCACAUGCGAAAUAUCUGUUUAGAAGAGGCACCGUCUGAAUCAAUUUUUGGUUCCCACAUAACAAACUAUAGUGAUGUUGAUUUAUAUGAGGGAAUGGAGUUUGAAGACAAGGAGGAGUGCGUUGCUGCUAUGCAACAUUGGCAUAUCACCAAUAAUCUUGAUUAUUGGGUAUACAAAUCUGAUACGAACAGAUAUGUCAUCAAAUGCAAAAAUCCAACUUGCAAAUUCAAAUGUAGAGCAUCAGUUCGCAAGAAGAAUUCUAAGUGGAUGAUAGGUAAGUUGAGUGGACCACAUGUCUGCACAACCACUUCAAUGUCGCAAGAUCAUAGACAACUUACAUCAGAUAUUGUCUCUCACUGCAUCAGAGAUUUGGUUAACACCGACCCCUCAAUUAAGGUAAAGCUCAUAAUUUCUCAUAUAACAGGAAAGUAUGGUUAUAAUAUAUCUUACAGGAAAGCGUGGAUUGCAAAGGUAAAGGCCAUAGAAUCCUUGUAUGGAAACUGGGAGACAUCUUACAAUGACCUUCCACGAUGGUUAUUGGUAAUGAAAACAUAUCUGCCUGGAAUGAUAAUAGACUUGGAAACUUUACCUGCAUUUUCAAACGAAGGAAGUCAGUUGGGUGAUAAGAUGAUAUUCCAUCGUCUAUUUUGGGCUUUUCAACCUUGCAUCCAUGGUUUUGCCUAUUGCAAGCCAAUUGUUCAAGUCGACGGAACAUGGUUGUAUGGAAGGUACAAAGGGACAUUGUUGAUGGCUGUGGCGCAGGAUGGGAAUGGUAACAUUUUUCCAAUUGCUUUCGCUAUUGUCGAGGGUGAAACCAAGGAUGCUUGGAGUUUUUUCCUUCGUAAUCUAAGAAUCCAUGUGACACCCCAACCCAAUCUAUGCCUAAUAUCAGACAGACAUCCAUCGAUUAAAAGUGCCUAUGAUGAUCCUGCAAAUGGAUGGCAAAAUCCUCCGUCAUCACAUGUCUAUUGCAUAAGGCAUAUCGCGCAAAAUUUUAUGCGUGCGAUUAGAGACAAAGAACUACGUAAAAAACUCGUCAACAUGGGAUAUGCAUUGACGGAGUCAACGUACAAUUACUAUAGAACCGAAAUUCGUCAGACAAAUAGAGAUGCUAUGGAGUGGAUUGAAAAUAUCCCCAGGGAGAAGUGGGCAAGGGCGUUUGAUAGAGGGCAACGAUGGGGACACAUGACGACUAACCUUGCAGAAGCAAUGAACUCUAUGCUAAAGGCUACCAGAAAUCUUCCAAUAGCGUCUUUGUUUUCGGCCACAUAUUUUCGGAUGGGAGCAUUAUUUGGUCAACGCGGACAUGAAUGGACAAAGAGGUUGACAUCAGGCCAAACUUUUACAGACAAGUGUAUCAAGGGGAUGACUGAAGAAGUCAACAAAGCAAGCAGUCAUAAUGUUUACCAGUUUGACCGGGAGAGGUUCUAUUUUAUGGUGGCCGAAAGAAUAAACCGCAACGAUGGUCGUCCAACUGGUACUUACGGUGUUGAUCUGCGAAAGCGAACAUGUGAUUGUGGAAAAUUUCAAGCGUUCCAUUUGCCUUGCUCACAUGUGAUUGCAGCAUGUGAAAGUAUACGCCAAGACUACACCAUUCACAUACCCGACAUGUUCAAGAUACAACAUGUUUUUAAAGUCUACCAACAAAGCUUCCAGAUCCUCCCACAUCAAGACAAUUGGCCUCAAUAUAGAGGGCCUACUCUUUGUCAUGACGAAACUAUGCGUAGGAAAAAAAGAGGCCGCCCUAACAGUACUCGGAUUCGAACCGAAAUGGACGACGUGGAAAAGGAAAAGAGAAUGUGUGGGAUAUGCCGUGAAGUAGGCCAUAUCCGAAGUAAAUGUCCAAAUGUAUCAGGCCCGUCCAAUAGGCCUCCUUAA